UUGCUCCUUGCCAGACAGCGGAUUGAUUUUAAUGUAACAAUGAAUUCACUCAUCUGUUACCUGUGUACGCGUUUCAUAAUUUCUCAUUAUUUCCCCCUCUUUUCUCCCUCCUCUUUCCCUCUCUCUCAAAUACACAACCAUUUCUCUGAAAACAAGACCUCUCUCUACCACAACUACCAUACUAUACAAGGCUUCUUUUUCUCCCUUAGAAGCCUUGCAAACUCAGUGAAAGCUUCAUCCUCUCCAUUUCCCAGAUUUCCUCUUUCCCAUUUAUGGAACUGUGAGGCUCUCAAAAUAUCAUAGUGCUUAAAUACAUGGGGCCCUUCUCAAGAACCCCCCAGCCUUCCAUACAUUUCUCAAUCUAGCCACCUACUCUUUUCACUUUACCACUCUUAAUCUCUCCCCUUCUCUUAUACUCCUAUUUUACAGUGUUUGAGAGAGAGAGAGAUAAAAAAGAAUGGCAGUUAAGGAUCACAUUGUCUCAAUUUCAAGAAUGGGAGGCAGAUUACUAAACGAUGUCGUUAGUGUACUUGUGUUCAUCGUUCUCGACGUGGUGGACUUCUUCUUAUGUUACGCAUUCAAAAUUGCGGAUUUUCUGAUUGAGGCAGAGUGGAAGCCUUGCUAUUGCUCUUCGGUGAAGGAGGCCAUCACCAGCAGCGGCAAGAUCUUGGUGUCCGAGGAAGGCGAGUCGAAGAAGGUCGUGAGGGUGAGCUGCAGCAGAUUGCAGCUCGAGGAAAUCUCCGACACUCUCUACACACGCCCUUACUUCGUCUCCCAGGUCUGCAAAUCCAAAAUCCGACCCUCCUCCUCCGCCGCCGCCGCUAACCCCCGCCGCCCUACUUUCACGGUGAAUCCGACCAUCGUUGAAAUGCUGCAAGGGAGGAUCGGGAAGCACCGGAUCCUCCUUGCACCGAGGUGGUCCGAUUGCGACUGCGAAAGCUGCACCGCGUGGACCUCUUCCUCUAAAGAAACCCUCUAUGUCAAAGCAGACGGAGCUAAAGAUGAUGUGUACGAGGAUGUGUUGUUCAUCCAUGGCUUCAUCUCAUCUUCUGCGUUUUGGAGUGAGACAUUGUAUCCCAAUUUCUCAAAAUCUGCAAAAACAAAGUAUAGAUUUCUGGCAGUGGAUCUGCUAGGGUUUGGGAGAAGCCCUAAACCGAACGACUCUCUCUACACAUUGAGGGAGCAUUUGGAGAUGAUUGAGAGAUCUGUUCUUGAGCCGUACAAGGUCAAGUCAUUCCACAUUGUGGCACAUUCUCUAGGUUGCAUUCUCGCUCUCGCCCUUGCGGUCAAGCACCCGUCUCUGCUCAAGUCGUUGACAUUGCUCGCGCCGCCGUAUUUCCCUGCGCCAAAGGGGGAGGCGCCGGCACAAUACACGAUGAGGAGGAUUGCACCGAGGAAAGUGUGGCCGGUGAUCGCGUUUGGGGCGUCGAUAGGGUGUUGGUACGAGCAUAUUAGCCGCACGGCGUGCCUUGUCCUUAGCAAGAACCAUCGUUUAUUGGAGUUUCUCACCAAACUUCUCACUAGAAACAGGAUGAGGACAUACUUGAUAGAAGGUUUUUUCACACACACACACAACGCAGCAUGGCAUACACUACACAACAUCAUAUGUGGCAGUGCUGGGAAAUUAGAGGGAUACUUGGAAGAGGUGAAGAAUCGAGUCAAGUGCAAUAUCACCAUUUUCCAUGGCAAAGAUGAUGAGUUGAUCCCAAUUGAGUGCAGCUACGACAUGCAAUCGAGGAUCCCUCAAGCGCAACUUAAAGUCGUCGAAAACAAAGAUCAUCUUACCAUAGUUGUCGGAAGGCAGAAGGCGUUUGCUCGAGAGCUUGAGGAGAUUUGGAAGAAUGCAAGUGGCCUCAGUUAGGCCACUUCAAAUUUUAUCAUUCAAAAGAAGAUGAAGGAAAAAAUUAAAACACGUCUUUGCACCAUGUGAAUUCAGUAGCUCGAAACGACCAAGGGAAAGAAACAUGUGUAUUUUUAGAUUGAGAAUUAGGGUCAUUGUUAAGUUUUCUGAUCCAAUUUGUUUCUUCUGUAUGGUGAUGUUUUAUUAGCUUUGCAUCACCGAUUAGUAUUUGAGGAUUUAUUGUGUGGACGACCAAAAUCCACAGAAAGAGUUCCACUACUAUUCUAAGCUAUUUAUUUGAUUUC